CCUCAUACCUUCAAGGCACGUUUAGUAGCUAUAUAAAAGCUCUCCUUCUAUUAGAGAUCACUGGUCACACCACUGAGCUGUUCUCACCAGGGAGCUGGAGUUAAAAAUGAUGGGUUGGGUCUUCAGCUGCUGCUGCUGUGGUUUUGAGACCAUGGCAUAGGCGGGACGUGUCUCCAGCACCCUGUGAAACAAGCCAGUCCGAGGCACGGGCAGCAGCAGGACCACAAGAAACAGCCUCUCUGAAGGCUCUGCUUUCUCACGUGCCAUUCCUAUCCUGCCAAAGCCUCACCAAGAUGUCGUGCUACCUACACCAGUGCCUCCCUCCAGUCUACCAGAACUCCAUCCCCAUCAAGUGCUCACCAGUAUAUACUGCCAGACAUCUGCCAGUGCCUACCUGGCACUCGACACUAUGCACACCACAAUAUGUGACCCCCUGCAUCCCCCGGCAGCGGAUCAUGUCCUCCAGCUUCUCCCACCAGCAGAGUGUGACCAAGUGUGUGCCACGGCUGCGGUAUCAGACCAAGUGUGUGCCACAGCAGCAGUGUGUGACCCAACACAUCCAAGAGCAGCCAUGUGUAACUCGGUGUGUGACAACCUGUGUGCCACAGCAGCAGUGUGCAACGGAAGGCAUGCUGCAGCAGCCGAGAGUGACCAAGUGUGUGCCACAGCAGCAGUGUGCAACUGAGGCUGUGCCACAACAAUGUGCAACCAAGUGUGUGACCGCCUAUGCCCCCCAACAGCAGUGUGAGACCAGAUGUGUGACCACAUGUGUGCCACAGCAGCCGUACCUGACCAAGGCCAUCCCGCAGCAGCAGUGUGCAACCAAGUGCAUCCCACAACAGUGUGUGACAACAUACAGCCCACAGCAGCCAUGUGCAACCAGGUGUGUGACCACGUGCGUCCCACAGCAGCGUGCAACCAAAUGGGUCUCACAUCGCUUUGUGACCUCUUCUGCACCGCAGCAGUGUGCCACCACGUAUGUCCCGCAGCAGUGUGCAACCAGGUGUGUGACCAAGUGUGUCCCGCAGCAGUGUGACACUGAUUGUGCUACCAUUUGUGUCCCACAGCAGUGUGAGACAACUUGUAUCCCGCAGCAGCAGUGUGAGACCAAGUGUGUCCCGCACCAGCAGCGUGCCACUAAGUGUGUGCGACAGCAGCAAUGUGCCACUAAGUGUGUGCCACAGCAGCAAUGUGCCACUAAGUGUGUUACACAGCAGCAAUGUGCCACCAAGUGUGUUACACAGCAGCAGUGUGCCACUAAGUGUGUCCCACAGCAGCAGUGUGCCACCAAGUGUGUCCCACAGCAGCAGUGUGCCACUAAGUGUGCGCCACAGCAGCAGUGUGCCACUAAGUGUGCGCCACAGCAGCAGUGUGCCACUAAGUGUGUCCCACAGCAGCAGUGUGCCACUAAGUGUGUGCCACAGCAGCAGUGUGCCACUAAGUGUGCGCCACAGCAGCAGUGUGCCACCAAGUGUGUGCCACAGCAGCAAUGUGCCACUAAGUGUGUGCCACAGCAGCAGUGUGCCACUAAGUGUGUGCCACAGCAGCAGUGUGCCACUAAGUGUGUCCCACAGCAGCAAUGUGCCACUAAGUGUGUUACACAGCAGCAGUGUGCCACUAAGUGUGUUACACAGCAGCAGUGUGCCACUAAGUGUGUGCCACAGCAGCAGUGUGCCACUAAGUGUGUCCCACAGCAGCAGUGUGCCACUAAGUGUGUGCCACAGCAGCAAUGUGCCACCAAGUGUGUGCCACAGCAGCAAUGUGCCACUAAGUGUGUGCCACAGCAGCAAUGUGCCACCAAGUGUGUCCCACAGCAGCAGUGUGCCACUAAGUGUGUGCCACAGCAGCAGUGUGCCACCAAGUGUGUUACACAGCAAUGUGCCACCAAGUGUGUGCCACAGCAGCAGUGUCAGUCAGGUGGAGUGAAGAUUUCAAGCCAUGCUAAAAAGUACUGCUCUGCCUCCAAAUGGCCCUGGUAAAAAGGAUAAGGGAAAGAAAGACCCACAGGAAAAGAGCUGGGUACAACUCCUGGGAUAGGCAGGGGUUAUUUAUCUCCUCGUACAACCUACCAACUAGCUCCUGUUGCUUAAAUCUGCUUUAUCUCUGUUUUCAAGUGCUUUCCCUGUAGCUCAGCUCUUGUUUGGGCCAUAGGGUGUGAUAUUAUAUCCAUGGCUGCACUCCAGGUACCUAUGCUUGUGUCUUUAUCUGCUGCAAGGCAUAGUUUAGUGGGAUGCUAUUAAAUUCUCAUGUAAUUAAAAUGAAUAAUGAUUUAAAUAUAUAUAUAUAAAGAAAUAGAAAUGUCUAAGGACUCCAGAUCACUACAGUACCAAAAGGACCGGUGGUGUGGCCAGUGAAGGGGUGGCCUGUGCCCAACUCUAGGUUUAGUCCUUAGGAGACAAUGUUCAGAUUACCUUGGAUUCCAUGAGGCUGCAAGUUCUCCAAACCAGUGAACUAUAAAAAAGCUAUCUGUUUUCAUGCCCAGAUUUGGAAGCCAAAAGUAAAUUUGCUAAGCAAACGGUGUAUGAAUCUUACUUCAAUAGCCUUCAUUUCAGAAGGUGGCCAGAAAGCCUCCUGCUUUAAAACACUGACUCUGUGUUGACUUCAGUAGAGUCCCAGGACAAGGCAGGAUUCCUGGUUUGGUGAAGCUGAUGCUUGCUGAAGUUUCAUAUGUGAAAGUUUUUAUUCACUUGGUUGCUUUCAUGAGUAUUGAAAACACAACUUAACCAAAUGAAAGUGUUUGAAAUAACACUGAAAGUUGUAGCACGACUUGUUUUAGAAAAGUUUGAGCUGUAAAAGCAAUUAACCAUAUUCUUUAUGUUGCUUGAAGAUGUGUACUCUACACAUUGAAAACAAACCCCAUAUAUAUACUGAAAUAAAACACAUAUAUAUGUAUACUUAUACAUAUAUAUACUUAAAUAAAGUUGUCUGACCUGAGAU